UUAAUGUGCAGCAUGCGAUUAAAUCUUGAGGCGCACAUGCGCCUACUAGCCUUCUCCUUGUCAGAGAUAAGGCAGCGCGAGCCUCCCUCCUCCUCAGCUCGUCCUUCAAAUAGAACUUUGCGGCCAAACGCGCCUGAGAGCCCCGCUGCAAGUGCCGAGGGGAUGGAGAAGCUCAGAGUGAUGCUGCUUUUACUACACACGGCACUUUCUGUCGCAGACACGAGGGAGAGUUUUCAGUGCGACAACGAUUACAUGCUCACCAUCAGUUGCUCCCUCAACCUCACGUCAGGCCACGGGACCCCCCACUGGUUGACUUUUGCCAAACUACAUACGAGCGAGAGAUACAAAUGCAAUUUGUCAAACGCCGGCGGAGGCCGCCAGUCGUGUUUCAUCACGGUGAAGAAGUCUUGCAGCUUUAUGGAUCUCGACGAGUUCGCGAUCUCGCUGUGCGGAAAAACAAAAGAUGGAGGGCCGUGGUGCCAGCCGAUGGAUGAAAAAUACACGCUGAAGGAUCAUAUUAAACCGCGUGCACCGUGCUGCCUGGCAGUCAGCCACAACUCCAGUCAGCACCGCUUCACGUGGAAAAACACCUAUGAGAAAUGUCGAUCCUACACCCUGAAGGAAAACCUGGAUUAUCAGCUCUGUUUCUACAAUCGACGGGACAAAAACAGCACGAGAGUCCACUACGCGUACGGUACGAGCUAUUCUGUGAAUGACGGCGACCUUGAGCCGGACACGGAGUACAGUACCAAAGUGAGGUCUAAGCCCAGCGCGAAUCACUUUCACGGCCAAUGGAGUGACUGGUCGCAAGAGGUCCACUGGAGGACUGUCUCAGCCAAUGAUUCCGCAGUGGAUGGUUUCUUUUCGAUACAUGGCAAAACUGUCUUCCUGGCCUCAGCUGUGACGGCCACACUUGUCCUGUUUUUAUGCUGCGCUUUGCUAAAAAAGUGGAGGCAAAGUGCGUUCGUUCCCACUCCGGCGCCAUACUUCCAGAGCCUCUACACCAAUUGUCAUGGGGAUUUUAAGAGCUGGAUGGACACGCAAGCAAACGUGACCUUCACACUCAAGCCAGAGGACACGCUCCGCGUCGAUGGCCUUGUGGAGGAGCGUCCAACACAGGUUGAUGAGAUGGUGUAUGAAAACCUCAAAAGCCAUCCAGCAUGUUUGCCGCCGGAUGAGGGGAAGGCGACAUGCAGGCCCGGCAGCGUUCCUCUCAUCCAGGGGCAACCUGUCCGCUCCCGCCCCGAAUACUGCACAAUCAGCGACUUGCAGCAAUGUGCGCAAGUCACGGGAAAUGUUAUGAAGUCUGAGAUGAAGCACACCGGAAAGUCAACGAAUGAUUACUGUAAUGACACCGAAGCGAGAAUGACGCUUUCUGGACAUUAAUUUGCAAUUGCGGGAGGUGGGUGCAAUGUCCUUUGGUGAAUGUGUCGAGAUGAUUACAAUGGGUUGAGGAAAAAGAUAUCAAGUUUCAUUUUAAAUAGCAUUGAAUGUAUUCUUGUUUACGGCACAAAGCUUAGCACGAGUUUUUUUUUUAAGUCAAUAAAAUAUCAUACUCACCGGAGAUUAUGACUAUUAAAUCCCUUCAUGUGUGAUGAUCGCAAAGUUGGCCGCAAGUAGUAACUUUUGCUCCACCUGCCAAUCGGAAGACAGAAAAAUGCCUGGAUGAAAUCCAAACCGACCACAUCAAUGGCAGCAGCCCAAGCAAACGCCAAAACUGGAGAGAAUACCGUUGUUAAGGAAUACAAAUUCAUGGGAAAAAAAAUUCAGGUUGAGAAAGGCGCUCGACAGCGCCCUGCUGCACGCGACGAAGCCAAGAAACCUUUUGUAGAAAGUUUUAUUUACGGCAACACAUACAUGAACAAAGCACCGUUUCACCUUAAAGUCUGAUACAAUGGUAUGCCUACCUGCCUCGGUCGUUCGCAGCCUUUUUACUCCUCCAAAGAACCAAACACCCGGAAUUAACAAAAAGACAGCCAAGGCAGCAGAUUCUAUCAUAUGUUACAGCAUGCUGAAUAGAAAAACCCAGGAAAGAAUUAGACCA